AUGUCCGCAGCACCUGGGCCCCCGGACCCCAACAGCUCCCAGGUCCCCAAGCAGGACCCGGGCACCAAGCAGCUCCCGGGCCCCAAGCAGAAGCAGGACCCCACACAGCCCCAACAGCUCCCGGGCCCCAAGCAGAAGCAGGACCCCACACAGCCCCAACAGCUCCCGGGCCCCAAGCAGAAGCAGAAGCAGGACCCCAUACAGCCCCAGCAGCUCCCGGGCCCCCAAGCAGGACCCAGGCCCCCAACAGCUCCCGGGCCCCAAGCAGCUCCCAGGUCCCCAAGCAGGACCCGGGCACCAAGCAGCUCCCGGGCCCCAAGCAGAAGCAGGACCCCACACAGCCCCAGCAGCUCCCGGGCCCCCAAGCAGGACCCAGGCCCCCAACAGCUCCCGGACCCCAACAGCUCCCAGGUCCCCAAGCAGGACCCGGGCACCAAGCAGCUCCCGGGCCCCAAGCAGAAGCAGGACCCCACACAGCCCCAACAGCUCCCGGGCCCCAAGCAGAAGCAGAAGCAGGACCCCAUACAGCCCCAGCAGCUCCCGGGCCCCAAGCAGAAGCAGAAGCAGGACCCCACACAGCCCCAACAGCUCCCGGGCCCCCAACUCCCGGGCCCCAAGCAGCACCCGGGCCCCAAGCAGCACCCGGGCCCCAAGCAGCACCCGGGCCCCAAGCAGCACCCGGGCCCCAAGCAGCACCCGGGCCCCACGCAGCUCCCGGGCCCCACGCAGCUCCCGGGCCCCACGCAGCUCCCGGGCCCCACGCAGCUCCCGGGCCCCACGCAGCUCCCGGGCCCCACGCAGCUCCCGGGCCCCACACAGCUCCCGGGCCCCACACAGCUCCCGGGCCCCCAACAGCUCCCAGGCCCCCAACAGCUCCCGGGCCCCCAAGCAGGACCCAGGCCCCCAACCGCUCCUGGACCCCAAGCAGGACCCGGGCCCCCAACCGCUCCUGGACCCUAG